AUGGUGCCGUCACCGGCUUUGGUCGGGACACCAUCUGUGUUUCCACACCAUCAGUCUACCUCAUUCUUUCAAGAAACUGCAAGCUUCUUCAAUCUAGACUGGGAAAGAUUAUGGCAUUCACGCUCAAACUCGAACGCUACAUCUUCGCCACGCAACUCUCCGUCACAGUUGUCUCCACCGAUGGCAGCUACUGCAGCACUCCGCCGCAGUUCGGACUACGGAUCCGCAGACACCGAGUGUGGCGAGCCGUGCGAGACUGGAGAGCCCGUUCCACUCAAUGAAGUCGACUUGCUUGCCAAGAUGGAGCAGUUAAACAAAUCAAAUGAGGAAGACUCGCGAAGUGUCGCCUCGAAAAAGACAGGAUCCAGCGGAAGUCGAAAAGGAGCACGAGAACAGACACAUACUCCAGAAGAAGAUGAGGAAGAUCUAUGGUCCGUAUGGGGAGAACUCAUACUCAACUGGGAGGUCGAAGUCAAAAAACGUCCGAAUCACAUCAAAGAAUUGGUCAAAAAAGGAAUUCCGCAGCACUUUCGAAUGAUUGCCUGGCAGAAUCUUUCAAAUGCAUCAGUGUCAAGUGUUCAUGAUUUGUAUAGUGAUUAUAUGCGACAGACUUCGGUUUAUGAGAAAGUUAUUCAACGAGACAUCCCCAGAACAUAUCCAGAACUCGACUUCUUCAAAGAUGGCGAGAGAGGCCAAUCCCUCUUAUUUAAUGUCAUCAAGGCUUACUCAGUCCAUGACAAAGAAGUUGGAUACUGUCAAGGAAGUGCAUUCAUUGUUGGUCUACUCCUUCUCCAGAUGCCAGAAGAAGAGGCGUUCGCAGUGUUGGUCAGUCUCAUGGAAAACUACCGACUUCGCGAGUUAUACAAACCAACGAUGACAGACUUGGGAUUGUGCAUGUUCCAAUUGGAGUGUCUCGUUCAGGAUCAGAUGCCAGACUUGUACACUCACUUCAACAAUAUGGGUUUCGACACUUCCAUGUAUGCUUCAUCAUGGUUUCUCACACUUUUCACUACCACAAUGCCUUUGGAUAUUGCUAACCGGAUAAUGGAUUGUUUCUUGGUAGAAGGCAUGGAUUACAUCUUCUGUAUCUCAAUCGCUAUCCUCCAACAAGCCAGAAUUGAACUGCUCCGACUCGAUAUGGAAGGAAUGCUCAAAUACUUCCAACGUGAAGUUCGCGAGCGAUAUGAAAACGAUGCGGAUCUCCUCUUCGCUGUUGCCAAUCAAGUUCAGCUUAAUGCAAAACGAAUGAAACGAUUGGAAAAGGACUAUCUGGCCAAGAGGACAAAAGAGCAGGAGGAGGCCGUCGAGUUGCGGCGUCUUCGUACGGAGAACCGUCUUCUACGUCAGCGCAUUGAUUAUCUGGAAGCAGAAUCUUCGGCACUCGCCGAUCGUCUUGUGAAAGGACAGGUGAAUCUUGCCCAGGAGGCCGAGAACUACAUCAACAUUGCACAUGAAUUGAACAAGUUGCGAGACAUGAACUCUGAUGUUCACCGCAAGUUGGAGGGUGCCUAUGAGACUAUCAGAGAGUUGUCCAGCACAAGACGAGAAAACAUCAUGGAUACGGGAACACAAGUGGACGAUACGUCGAUGAUUGAGCACAUUCACUCACUUCAGCAAGAACUCAUGGAAGCUCAUACCAGACAGGCGGAUAGUGAAAACACGUUGAGGGACGCAAAACUCAGAGUCUCGGAGCUCGAAAUGGCCAACAAACGACUACUCGAGCAUGAACCAUCAGAAGACGUGGCCGGAUUCCAAGAAGAACUUAUUUCCGUCAAAAUGCGUGAAGCUGAGAGUUCACUAGCCCUCAAGGAUAUGCGUCAACGUCUUGCUGAGCUAGAACAACACUGGGCAAAAUAUGUCCAUGUCCGCGCAUUUGAUCCAUCAUCGGCGUCUAUUGAGAAGGAUUCAACUUCUGAAGCUCACUCAACACAACAACAGCCAUCACCACCACUGACGUCUGCUAGAGCUCGUCUCGCAAAAAUCACUGCAUCACUCAUUGGUGGUUCGACUGAAGAACCAGAUCAUUGCAUUGGUGUUCGUGAACUCGAAGAUCAGCUGAUGGGUGUUCGAAUCAAAGAAGCUGACACGUUGGCUGAAUUGAAGGAAAUGAGGCAGAAAGUUAUGGAGCUGGAAACACAAAACCAUGUGUGUACAAACCAGUUGAAACGACAAGAUGAUGAGAUGAAACGUGUUCGUGAGGAGUCGGAGCAGUUGGUGAAAAAGAGGAAAGAGUUGGAACAGGAGUUGAAGGAACAAAAAGAGAAAAUGGCUGAUAAGGAAAGUGAAGUGAGCGAACAAAGGAUCAAUGAUCGCUUGAAGUACUCGGAAGCUAUUCAAACUAUCCAAGAACUUCGCAGCAGUAUUUCACAAUUGGAGCUCAAGAAAGCGGAGAAGUGGACACAAAAUCAAUUGAGAGGUAGCAGUGUAUGCGAUCUUGAUGAGGAUUCUAACUCCCACGGGUCAAUCUGUUCCAACGUUGACCAUCUUUCGCUUGCAUCCGAUGAGAUGAAUGCUUUGAUUGCUGAUAUGACUGUUCGUAUUCCAACACUUGAUGAGUUAGCGGAAGAAGGAUCCGCCACCGAGACUGACGAGUUGCGUCCAAAGGAACUCAACGAUGGCAAUGACACAACAGACUCUGGCGUUCAACUCUCUGACGGACACUAA